AUGGCGAGAACAUCGUACACGGAGGCUGAGAUCGACGACUUUUCAUUACGCGAAGCUAUUGAAGUAGCAAAGAAAAAUCAGAUAUCAACGGAUGGAUUGAAAAAACUUAAGGAAAUAAUUUGCAAAUUGAAAUCACAAUUAGUGGAAGACAAACGAAAACGAGACGCGGUUAUAACAUCCCUGGAUUCAGUAGCAGCAGAGGAUCAUGAACUAAGAAAGGAACUACAUAGUGUGUACGGAGACUUGAUCGAGUUGUUACAAAAUGUGGAGCUGGAAAAUGAAAACAAUCCCCUAACAGAUCUGCUACAUAGACACUACAUGAACUUCACUGAUUCACUCAAAAAGGAGAAGGGCCGAUUAUCACAAAAGACAUCCAGGUGUCCAAUCCUAGUUUUAGGAGAGACCGGUGCAGGGAAGAGUUCCUUUAUCAACCUUCUACUCGGCGAGGAGGCCCUGCCUACACAACUACUUAGUAACACCAAUGUCAUUUGUGAAAUUCAGCACAGUGACAGUUAUUGGGCCAUUUUGUAUAACACAGAGAAUGAACAGAAGAAGAUAAGCAAUGUGGAGAAAUCAUUAUUUUUUAAGUCCCUGGCUGACCACAUACAGAAAUCAAAUGGAUCGCAGGCAGACAACACUGCCAAGUACCAAAAAGCUGAAAUAUACCUUCCAUGUGAUAUCUUAAAGACAGGACUAGUGAUUGUAGACAGUCCAGGCAUUGGAGACACUCCACAGAUGACACAGAUGGUUCUGGAUUACAUCCUCGAGGCUAGCUCCUUCAUCUACAUCAUCAACAGUGCUAACGCAGGCGGAGUACAGGAAGAAAGGGUACAAGAUUUGGUGUGUAACGUUUUGAAGAGAGCUUUCAGGGAUCAGCAGGAUUAUCGACCUGAGUGUGCCUUGUUUGUCUGCAACAAGUGGGACAGGGUGCCUAUAGCUGAGAGGACGGAUGUAUGUGAAGACACUGUUAAGAAGCUGACUUGUAACACCGGGUGGCCAGACUGUAAGACAUCACAGAUAUUCUGUAUUUCUACAACAGAGGCCAGCUAUGUUCAAAAGGAGCAUCCCCACUAUGUCUAUGGUCAAUUUUCCCUCCUCCUGGAAGAGAUUCUCAGACUUGUUCCCAAAAGUAGAGAGAUUUUUCUUGUCAAUUCAACAAGAUUGUUGUUAAAUUUCUUAGACAAAUGUAUAUUCUGCAUCGAUACAAGACUUCCAAAAGAUGGAAUGACGGAGGAAGACAGGAAGAAAGAUAUUGAAAGACACAAAGCCAAAUUUUUGGAAAUCAAAGAAGGAAUCAAAAUAUUUUUCAAAGAGCAAAAGAAGAAACUUAAACGCAAAAUUUUUGAAAUUUCUGAGGACCUCAGCAAAUUUUUGAUACAGGAAGAAAUUAUGGAAGAUAUAUGUGAUGUUGCAAAAUACGAAAAAGCUGUUCGAGCUCAGACAUGGAAAGAAGCCAUGAUUUGUACCCGGGCAGAGUUGUACACUCAAAUCACCAGUCAAAUCCAGAAGUGGGAAAGGAAGAAUGGUCUUCUUGAUAAAGCCAGUAAAGAAAUUGGAGAGGAAUUUCGUGAAAACUUCCCCAACUUUGGUGCUCAGAUAUCUAAGACAGAGAAAAAAUUUCAGGAUCGUGGUAACUGGACAGUGCUAGAAAAAGAGGAUGAGCCUUUCAUCCCACUCUCUGUUGCCAGGCGAUUUGAAACCUUGGACAUGGGAUUCAAGGUACUUGUAGGUGUAGGAAUGGCUCCCGUGCUUCUGCUAGGUGCCAUCCUUCGCCUACCAGUAUAUACAUUUGUAGAGUUGAAGCGUAAAAUCACACAACUGACACUGCAGUCUACUUUUGAUAGUUCAGACAAGAAGCAGCAAGAGAUGGCAGUGCGAAAGUAUGCCGAGAGUGUGUUGAGGUCAGUUGUUGAUCCAUUCAAUCUAGGUCCGCUCAUGAUCAAAGAAGUUCAGCCUCUCUUUGGCUACUUGAAAAACCAGCGGGUCAGCUUAACCAAUGAGGUAGAGGCUGAUUUGAAAAUGAUAGAGGAAGCAGAAGAAAACAAGAAGGAGGCUGAUGCAUUCAAAAUCAAAUUUGCACCUGUCAUAGAAAAAUUCCGAAAACUUGAAGGAAGAACACUCUUCUUCUUUUUAAUGCAUUUGCACAAACCGCACACCAAGGAUAUCAUCAUGGAGUCAGACUUGGUGGAAUCAGGGAUGGUAUCAGAAGGCUGUUUAUCUUACAUCAUGGAGGCCAAGGUGAAAGAAACCUCCAGGAUACAGGGUUACACAACUGUCGCUGUACGUCACAGUAAGGUAGCUGUGGAUGCCAGCAACAUCAGACAGGUUCUCAACGAUGAUAAAGCAUACAGGUUUAGUACACUGGUUCAUACCCUUGGAUGUGUGAAGACAGCAACAAAGAUCUCCCAGGUGAUGCAGCCUCUCCAGCACUGUCUGCGUAAACACUUAUCAAGUCCAGUGUCCUCUCUGGAAAAACCUCGCUAUCUAUUCCAUUUGGCUGAAGAUGUGGUUAAAGGCCUUGGUUACCUUAAUCAGAGAGGCUACGUUCAUAUGGACCUGUCACUGGACACUAUCAUGGUAGAUGUACAUCGUAAGGUGAAGCUUGUUAACCUAACAAUGCCUAGGAAGCUACCAGUCACAUUGUUUCCACCAGAUGGGUCUCCUGUACUCAAAUAUGUCCACUUUGACGGACGACUGAUGAACCAACCAGACAAAACUGUGUAUACCAUUCAGCAUGACAUGUACUCGGUGGGAAUCAUGAUGUACGAGAUGUGGACAGGACAUCGCGCCUUUCAGGACCGUAUUGAAGGGGGCAUCAAACUGCUCGGUCAGCUGGUCAGUGUUCUGAAGGAAAACAACUUUAAUGCAUUCCAGCUUCUUAAGAAAGAGACGGAUCUAGCAAGUGUGCAAGUUUGGGUUGACACUAUUGAAAGUUGUUUGUAUGGAAAAGUGAAAGAUCCUGAGGUUUGGUUAAAGUGUAUGUCUGAAAUGUCUGGUAGGAAUUCUGUUGAAAACUAUACAACUCCUUAUAAAAAUUAUGCAAUGGCAAAAUAAGUGUUGUCUAAUUAGAUAUUUGGUGUUAAGGUUGUUUGUGUGCCAUUAACACUACAGUUCUGUGAAUAGUCUAUCAGAACUCAUUGGUAGCUGGUUGAACAGAGAAAUCAACAUGUUUUAAUAUUGAUUAAUUAUAUGUGCCCCUGUGACAGGGAUGAUUUUAUUUGUGUAUUGUAAUUUUCUUGAGAACAUUGUUUGUGUAACAUGGAUUACCAAAUAAUAGGAGUUAGUGUGAUUGUGGAGGAGUUAUUCCCCUUCUAUGAGUCUUGUUUGCAGGAGUUAAAAAGAUAUAAAUCUUGUCAGUAUGUUACAUGUGUAGCAGCAAAAACAUGUCUGAGAAAAAAAAGAUAAAAAUUAAUUUUUUUUUCAAAUUCUGCAAAUAUUCUGUGUGAACAUUCAUCACUGUAUUGUUUUUGUUUUCUCUCAGUCUUCAAUAACGAGGAAUCAUAGGUUCAAAUGUCCAUUUGCAGAAAAUUUAUAUUCCAAAAUCACCUGGAGAAAAUAUUAUAAUGUUGAUAUUUGUUGCCAUUCUAGAUGGUUUACAGAAUUGGCCUCAUUGAUAUUGUCUAAAACGACCUCCUUUUCUAAAGAGUUUCUUAACACAAGAACAACUAUUAAUCAAUGUUUAGGUAGUUGUAGUUGAUCUAUUCGUUUGUAGCCCUCAUUUAAGUCCACUUUUU